AUGGAUUGUUUGAGGAAAUAUUUAUCGCAACUAUUGUUGCUAGUACCUCCAGAGAGUUUUAAAAUUGAAUCCAAUGAAAGAAUUGGGUACUCAAUUCUUAGUAUUCUAGAGGGGAAAUCAGAGCAUUUAUUUGAAGUAAGUGAUUUCAAAGAAAUAUUACAUUUGCCACAAUUACAAAUCAUUUUACAGAAAUACCCAUCCAACAGCUUGAUUGAGGUAUUACAUGAAUAUGUUGAUCAACUAGUAGUUUUACUGGAUAAAUAUUUUGGUGAAGAUAGUGUUGUCUGUUUGCAAAUAUUGGGUAUUGCAUAUUUGCAGUCAUUUGUGCAAGCAAAUUUUACUGGUCCACCAGUUUCGAAAACAGCACAUUCCUUGUGGUUCCCAAAUGAGAAUUCAGAAAACGUACAAGUUGAAGCUAUAAAGUUGCUCAGCAUCGAAGGACAGCAAGCAUAUGACUUAAUGCAAGAACCUCUCUUUUUAGUGAUGUCCGAAUUGAUUUUUGAAAGAUUGUUGCAUACACCUCCUCAAUUAUCCAUUUUUAACAAGUCAAUCACCAGUGAUUCAAGCAAACUUUUGAAUUUUGUUACCCAAGCUUCAAAAGCCAAAGACCCAAUUAAUGCUUCUCUUUGUUGGUGGAGAGUCAGAGGAUUGCAAGUACAUUUAUCAGUGGUAUCGGAACCACCAAGCAUCAUACUGUCAGUUUGUGGAAUAAUGCUUAACUCUUUGUUAGUGAAUGCAAUUGCACCACCAGAAAUUCCCGAGUUGCAAAAGUUGGUUCAAGUUCAGUUUCUUUUGGAAGUUUCAAGAAUCCAUAUUCAUUCGUCAACAGAACAUGCUGCCAUCUCACCAUUAAUCCAAGCCAAAAAAUUAUCUGAAUUCCAAUUAUUACUAUCUGGAGCAAAGGCAAAGAGAACAAAGUUUCAGAAUUUUUUCACUUCCAACUUGAUUGUGCUAGCAAAAAGUAGUCAAAAUACUCUCUAUGAAGUCGACACUUCAACGCCAGAGAGCUUUGAGUUGGAUUCCGAUUUGUUAUUAGAAAAACCACAAUACGAAUCUUUAGAAGAUCUUGAAAUUGAGAUUGAACAAGAUAGUAAAAGGAUAAGAUACGAUUCUUUUUUAUUACAGCAAAAUACUGCUGAUGAAAAAUUGCUUCCGUUAGCUAUGAAACAGGAAGAUAUUCCACCAGAUUUAAAAGAUCUUGAUCCAAAUAACCAGCCAGCUUUGAAUAACCUUGAUAACUUGCAGUUAUUAUUAAGACUAACUGUUUUGAAACAAACAUCACCAGCAAGCGAUCCAUUGGUAGAGGAGGAACUUUCUGCAUUGGUUGGACGAGUUUUAUAUGCAAGUGCAGGCAAAGUGAAUUGGUCUAUUUUUUCUCGUGCCUUAUGGGAACGGUCCUUGCUUGAAACAAAUAAGGCUAGAACUAUCGAAAGAGGUAUACUUCAGAUGACUUCUUUGGUUGAGGAAAUGGGAAUUAAAAUUAAGACCAGAAUUAUACCAGAAUCUGUGCAUGAGAAUACUAGUGCCGCCACAGCACUGAGGUUGAGAUUCAUUCAUUUGCUACCUCUUUUACCGCAAUGGUCAAUGGAUGCUAAGCUUGCCGAAAAGUACAUGUCUUUGGGAGUUUUAAAAUCGGCUAUAGAGAUCUAUGAAAGAUUGCAUAUGCUGUGUGAGGCGGCAUUAUGCUACGCAGCAGUUGACAAUGAAAGAGAGGCGGAGAAGAUUAUACUCCAACGUCUUACAACCCAUCCUGAAGAUGCUAGGGCCAUCUCAAUAUUGGGUGACAUUCGACAAGAUCCUUCUUUAUGGGAAAAGGCAUGGGAAGUUGGCCAUUACGCAAAGGCAAAGGCAUCUUUGUCACACUACUAUUAUUCACCACCAAGAAAAGAUAUUGACUUGGCAAUUAAACAUAUGUUUGAUUGUCUUACAGUCAAUCCAUUGAGCUAUGAAAAUUGGUAUUUCUAUGGAUGCUGCGGUCUUGAAUCAGGUCAAUUUGAAUUGGCUUCGGAGGCGUUUACUCGAUGUGUUUCUCUUGAUGAUUCCAACUCCUAUGCAUGGUCUAACUUGGCCAGUGCCCUUUUGAAAUUGGAUAAGACCAAACCUGCGUUUAAUGCUUUGAAGAAGGCCAUUAGAAGUGGCGGAGACAGCCGUAAGUCAUGGAGAAUUUACGAAAACUAUAUGAAUGUGGCUGCAAAGCUCCAUGAAUGGAAUGACGUAUUGCAAGGGUGCCGUGAAUUGAUUGAGAUUAGAAAAACCGAAGGUGAUACAGCCAUUGAUAUCCCUGUUUUGGAAAAAUUAGUUGAAAUUCUUGUAUCCGAGGAAUUCCCUGGUGAUGGAGAGAGAUUGUCUCAUUACCAGCUGUCUUGUGUUGACUUGGUUUGCAAUGUAUUACCAAAGGUAAUAACUUCAUCAGCUCGAUGCUGGAGAAUAGUUGGUAGAGUCGAGUUAUGGAGAAAGAGGCCAUGGGCAGCUUUGGAGUGCCACGAAAAGGCAUACCGAGUGAUGGUGCAUAAUCCAGAGUUGGAAUCAAGUGAAACUGUUUGGAAUGAGAUUGUUGAUGCUUGUGAGGAUUUAGUAAGUGCUUUUGAGUCCCUUGGUGAGUUACCGGGAAAACAUGGAGCUGGUGAUUUGGUCUGUAAAGACUGGAAGUACAAGGCCAGAACUACUGUGAGAUCAUUAAUGUCUAAAGGUAAAGAUAUGUGGGAAGACUCUCCUGGUUGGGAAAGAUUACAGAAUAUGAAGAGAGAUUUAUCUAAUUAA